AUGCGGUGGCACCUCGCCAUGUACAAGGUAUGCUGGAGCAGCGGCUGCUUCGACUCCGACAUCCUCGCCGCGUUUGAUGUCGCUGUCGCAGACGGCAUCGACGUGGCGUCAUUGAGCGUCGGCGGCAUGGUGGUUCCCUACCACCUUGAUGUGAUUGCUAUUGGCGCCUUCGGCGCGCCCUCUAACGGCGUUUUUGUCUCCGCCUCCGCCAGAAACGGUUGCCCCGGCGGGCUUACGGUGACCAAUGUGGUGCCGUGGGUGACCACUGUCGGCGCCGGGACCAUGGAUAGGGAUUUUCUGGCGGAUGUGAAGCUUGGAAAUGGUAAAAUUGUACCUGGGGUUGGCAUCUACGAUGGACCGGGUUUAACUCCGAGUCGAAUGUACCCAAUCGUGUAUGUUGGUGUAGAACAAUUUGGUGGUGGUGAUGGUUAUUCAUCUUGA